AUGGACAAGUGUGGAAUAGGGACGUUGACCGGGACUGAGUGCGGUUCGAUUUCCUUAAAAGGCUGUGAAGUAAGCGAGUUUCAAUCGCUAAAUGCGUGCCAACGCGAUGUAACUGGCCAUUUAAAAAUGUUGAACCUCUGUAGAGAGGGAAUAUCUUCAGAGAAAGAGUUGAUAUUGCUGAGGGCAGGUGAGUUAGUAAAGUUUCUUUAUAUGUAAUAACACUCUGAUUUCUUUUAUUAAAUCAUGUGCAAUUUAUUUAGGCAUAUUUGAGGGAUUCGCUGCCGCGAAUUUUAUGGUAUGUCCAAAACAUCGACAAUCCUUUGGUAUUGAAUGGCGAGGGCGGAAAAAGAAUUGUCCAGUUCCAGCGUCUGUUGCAUCCCACCGCUUUAAAAAGCAUACUGGUGACCGAUCAGUAAAUAAGGAAAUGUCGGAGAAAAUAUUCCACCUAACUGGAUUGGUAAUACCUAUCGGUUCAG